AUGUACUCGGCAGUCUUGCUAGGCUUGGGCAAGCAGACCGGUCAGAUCGGCGGGUACAAUGAGAGCGCUGCAGCGGAGUUGUUUGCUUCUGAGACUGGACCUAUGCUCAGAUCACAGUUCGCAUCAGUGGUCAUUGACACCUUCAUGGCGGGCAUUCUCGUCAUGCAGCUACUCAAAUACUUCCUAAAUCAAAACAAAGACUUGCUCUCAACCAAGCUGAUCAUCGCUUGGUCUUCUGUCUGGACGCUGGUCGUCUCCGUCUUCAUACAAGCACAUGUGUCCUAUCUUCUCAUCCCUAAUUUUGGUCUAUGGCUUCCUUGGCUCGAAGUCAGAUGGAUUGCCGCAAUACCUAUCUUGGACAUCCUUGCGGUCCUGCCAAUCCAAAGUUUCUUUGCCAACAGGGCUUACCUUCUCACUGAACGCAACAACUACCUUCUUGGAUGUGCCUCUCUUUUGCUUCUGGCAAGUGUCGGAGGCGCCAUUUGGCUCACUGUAGUUUUCGGAAGUCAAAAAACAUCGUUGAUCGGUAUCGUAUCAAGUGAAGCACCCCUCAUCACAUGGAUAGCCACUACCUUCGCCGCCGACGUUCUCAUCGCCGCAUCCAUCGUCUACGGCCUUUUCAAAUCCAAGACAGGGUGGCUCCUGACCCACGACUUCAUCCCGCGAUGGGUCCGCUUGUCCUUUGAAGCCCAACUGCCUCCUACAAUAUUUGCCCUUGCCUACUGUAUCGACUGGUCUAUUGAACCUACCUCUCAAGUUGAUGCAACCUUCCAAACCCUGCAGUCGAAACUCUACUUGAUCGGAAUGCUCUACACUGUCAACUCUCGGAUUGUUUUCGAUGUCCAUGCCAACAAUGGUACACCCGUUGUUACAGUACCGACGAGGGCACAUGGGAUGACGGACUUUGAUUCCCUGAUGAAUGACAUCCGGGAUACUCAGGCUUCUCCUGAUGUACAUGGACCUGAGCUCGAGUCCAUCAACGAGAAGAGCGAAAAGAUCAAGAACAGCUCUCACACAUACGCUGCGUCGGAUAUUGGACCGACAGAGAAAAGCGACUUGGCAGAUCUCGGCAGCGAUGGCCAGACCAUGACCCGACGCACGGCGUAGAAGAACCUUCUUGUACCAUGCCGCUUCCAUUCUCGUCGUCCGUGUUGAUCAUGAGCGACUCAUUCCAGUCCUAAUAUUGUCUGCCUUUGUAGACAUCAGUGUUAUCAAGCAUUAUGC